AUGGAGGGUGGUAGGAAUCCGUACACGGGGCGUGCGCUGAGCUCCCGCUACUACAGCUUACUGCGUGGGCGAGAGAAGUUGCCGGUAUUCGCCGCGAAGGACAAAAUCCAGCGCCUCGUGGCGCGCUACCAAACACUGCUGCUGGUGGGCGAGACUGGGAGCGGCAAGACGACACAGGUGCCGCAGUUUGUGCUAGAGAUGAACCCUGAGCACGCCAUUGCGUGCACACAGCCGCGCCGGGUGGCAGCCACCAGUGUGAGCGAGCGCGUGGCGGAGGAGUUGGACGUCACACUAGGCGAGGAGGUGGGCUACUCCAUCCGCUUUGACGAUAUGAGCAGCGAGCGGACGCGGGUCAAGUACCUGACGGACGGCAUGCUGCUGCGGGAGGCCAUGGGCGACCCGCUGCUGCGGCGCUACAGCGUCAUCAUUCUCGACGAGGCUCAUGAGCGCACGGUGCAUACCGAUGUGCUGAUUGGCGCGGUAAAGGAGCUGCUGCCGCGGCGUCCGGACCUCCGCGUCGUGGUGAUGUCGGCGACGCUGGAGGAGCAGCGGUUUCAGGCGUACUUCCCGCAGGCGCCGCUGGUGCACAUCGCCGGCCGCAUGUUCGGUGUCGAGGUGUACCACACCCGCGCCCCGGAGUCGAGCUACGUUGAGGCGGCGAUACGCACAGCGACACAGAUCCACCUGUACGAGGGCGAUGGCGACAUCCUUAUCUUCCUCACCGGCGAGGACGAGAUUGAGCAAACAGUGGAGCGGCUGCAGAACGGCAUACGCAUGGCGGAGCACAGCAGUGCCGACUGCCACAAGGGACCUGUCACGGUGCUUCCACUAUACUCCGCCCUGCCGCCGCAGCAACAACGUAAGGUGUUCCAGACGGUGCCGGCAGGAACGCGCAAGAUUGUCGUGGCGACCAACGUAGCCGAGACAUCCCUCACGAUUGACGGCGUCGUAUUUGUCAUCGACAGCGGAUUCUCAAAGCAAAAGGUCUACAAUCCGAAGUUGCGUGUCGAGUCAUUGCUGGUGACGCCCAUCAGUCAGGCAAGUGCGCGGCAGCGCUGCGGCCGCGCCGGCCGCACGAGGCCGGGGAAGAGCUUCCGCCUGUACACCGCAAAGGCAUUCAGCACGCUGCUGCAACCGCAGACAUACCCAGAGAUUCUGCGCUGUAACCUAGGCUCCGUCGUGCUGCACAUGAAGAUGAUGGGCGUCGAAGACCUGGUCAACUUCGACUUUGUAGAGCCGCCCGCCCCGGAAACACUGAUGCGGGCGCUGGAGCUGCUCAAUUAUUUAGGCGCCAUCAAUGACGAUGGCGACUUGACAGAUUUUGGCCGACUGAUGGCGGAACUGCCGCUGGAGCCGGAGAUGGCUGCAAUGCUGCUCCACAGUCCCGAGUACGGCUGCUCGGACGAUAUCGCACGCAUCUGUGCGAUGCUGUCGGUGCAGAGUCCUUUCAUCAACCCACCCAAUGACCAGCGUGGACGUGCGAUGCGGUGUCGUGAGCAGUUCUAUCAUCCAACAGGCGACCAUGUUGCGCUGCUGAACACUUUCAACGCGUUCCACGAUGCCAACAAGCAGAGCACGUCGUGGGCCUCUGAGAACUACCUGAACCCCCGUGUCAUGAAGCAGGCCGUCAGCAUCUACCGCCAACUGCUUGGCGUCAUGCGGCGUCUCAACUACAACAUAUGCAGCUCCUACUCCGCUGCCCAGCGUGACGCAGGGGGUGACUCAAGCAGCAACGAUGAGUUUGCGAAUGAGAUACGCCGCGCCAUUCUCAGUGGCUACUUUACCAAGGUUGCCCUCUCACUGCCAACGAAGAAUCAAUUCCUCACGCUGAAGGAUGACGUCAAGUCUCUGCUGUUCCCCUCCACUUUCCUCAACCGUCGCCCAAAGUUCGUCGUGUUCAAUGAGCUCGUGCUCACCAGCAACACAUACAUCCGCACCGUGACAGCGGUGUCGGACGAGUGGCUGCUGGAGGCGAGUCCAUCCUACUUUGCUCCGGAGGAGUUCGAGGGAGUGAGCCGGCAGGUGUUCGAUGAGCUGCACCGCCGGCAUCGGCAGCGCCAUGCGGCGCCCACGAAGGAUCACGAGAGGUGCAGCAAGAAGCGCCGCCGAGCAUCCGACAGUGAUAGCGACUCCGAUUCCUGUUGA